UUUUCUGCCUCUCGUUCUUGACAGCUCGUUCGCUAGCUCGCUCGCUACCGGGAUGCCGACGGAACUUAAUGUUGCCCAUUAGAUAUUCAACGCAACGUUUUGACCGGACAAAAACCUGACUGGGAUGUUAUCAUGGAGAGAGAUGGUCAUCAAGAAGGAGAGGGACAGGGAGUGAUCAUUCGCAAUCCACACUUGGAGAUCAAUCCACCUGCUGACACCUUGGCGACUUCACUGUCUCUCUUGGGGAAUCAUAUGUUUCCUGAUCAAGUGGCAAGAGAUGACCGCGCCACUGCUGACACACAGGAGCCUGGCGAGUUACCCCCCUCAGAAGUUCCAGCACAGGAUCAGCAUCUGGAUGCAGAGCCCGUUUCUAACCAGGAAAAACAGCUAGAGACUGAGGAGACUCAGCUAGAGACUGAGGAGACUGACAACGCUGAGUCUCAAAACAAUGAAUCCACUGAGACAGCAAACGGAGGAACCAAGGAUGAUGCUGCAGACAAUGACCAGAAUGACUCUGGGGAAUUUGUCGUCACAAUGCUGGCCAAGGCCAAGCUGGAGGAACAAGGUAUUGGUGUGAAGGGGAGGUCAUCGCCCUUGUUGGAGGCAGGGACCCAGGAAUCUCCGGCCUUUAUGUCUCAUCGGGAUGAGGAUGUGACGGGUGACAGCUGGCGGCAGCACAGGAAGCACAUCUUUGUACUAAGUGAAGCAGGCAAACCGAUCUAUUCCCGAUAUGGCAGUGAAGAGGCUCUUUCAUCCACAAUGGGAGUAAUGAUGGCACUUGUGUCCUUUGUCCAAAGUGGAGAUAAUAUCAUCCGCUCAGUCUAUUCAGAGCGGCACACUGUCGUGUUCUUGCAGAAAGGACCCCUGGUGUUGGUGUGCGUCUCCAGCAGUCGUCAGUCUGAGGAGCAACUGCGCGGAGAGCUGCUUUACGUGUACUAUCAGAUCAUCAGCAUGCUCACCCAGGCCAGCAUAUCCCGCAUCUUUGAACACAAGAAGAACUAUGACCUGCGGCGACUCUUGGCCGGCUCAGAGAAGAUCCUGGAUGGCCUCCUCAACCUGGUAGAUUCAGACCCCAGCUUCCUGCUAGCAGCAAUUCACUGCUUACCCCUAGCAUCCUCUCUCAGGGACUCUCUCAGUCAGAUCUUGCAGAAAGCCAUCACUACUAAUCUGGUCUUCUCCAUCCUCAUCGCCAAGAACCAGCUGCUGACUAUUGUCCAAGAGAAAACUGUCAUCGACGACACCAGGCUGGAACCCACUGAUGUCCACCUCCUACUAAACCUCAUCGGAGCCUCCUCUGCUUUUCAGGCUGGGGAGAUCUGGACUCCCAUCUGCCUCCCUCUCUUUAAUCCCGACUGUUACUUUUAUGCGUACAUUUCUUACUUAGAUCCUCCAGAAUGCACUGUUUGUUUGCUGCUGCUCUCGACAGACAAGGAGGCUUUUUACGCUGUAGCUGAUUGCAAGAGGAGGAUAGAGGAGGCUAUGUGCGCUCAGAACUCCCUAAGCCUCAUCGCCAAAGCCCAGUCGUACAGUGUGAGCCAGGUGGGCGUCUCAGACCUCAGACACUUCAUGUACAAACCCUUUGAUGUGCCAGACAACUACCGCCAGCUCACUCAGUUCACCAGCCCAGAGAUGGAGGCACCGUACAGCAGUGAGGAGGAGAAGAUGAGACUGCUGGACCUUUAUCGUUAUAUGCACAGCCGCAUCCACAGCUCCUCACGGCCCCUCAAGCUCAUUUACCACGUUGCUGAGAGAGAAACGCUGCUGGCCUGGGUCACCAGUAAAUUUGAGCUGUACACAUGCUUCAGUCCCCUGGUGACAAAGGCCUGUGCUAUUACAGCUAUUACUAAGCUCCUCAGGUGGAUUAAAAAGGAGGAGGACCGUCUCUUCAUCAGAUACCCCCCAAAGUAUUCAACCACCCCAAACCCCAGCAAGAGCUCUCGAGGUGGCAAAUCUGAUCAGCAGGACUCCACAGAUAACGGCUUCUUAUCUCUUUUAUAGGACUCUGGCUCGGCCUUACUCAACAAUAGUUUCUACACUGGCUCCAUGAUAUUUUUUGAACCCCAUUUUGACACCUGUUGGACUUGACAGACACUGACUACUCGAAUCAAAACACUACGUUUUACACUAUUUAAGAAGGAAUGACGUCUCUGAAGCUAGUAUUAUUUCCGUAACUUGACAAGAAAGCAUGUCAUUGCAUCAUUGCUUUCGAUCAGAACGAGUCAGGGCAAAAAAAAAAACAACGGCAUCAGUACGUUUUAAAUUUAAAAACUGUGGUAGAAAUAUGAUUGCAAGGAUAUUUAAAUGUUUUUAUAUUGUUUUAUUACUGCAACACGUGAGCGGUUCUCCACACAGACAGUGAAUGUAUUACACAGAUGACGGAUCAUUCAUAUGUUACAGCAGGUCAUUUUCUCUUUCUUGUGUAGGAUAAGGAGGACAAUUAUACUACCUUUCUCAGUUAGCAGUUAUCAGAAGUAGAAUUCAAAAACGUUCAAAUGGUAAACUGGAUAUGCAAGUUUAUAUUUUUUUUGUUUUUUUGGACUCGACAUAAACCUGAUUAACAACUGGAACAGCCAGAGCAGGGAUGGGCCACCAUGUGUCAUUAUGGGGCAUGAAUCAGUCGCACCUGCCUGCGACAGAACCUGAAAACAUAGUGUUGUUUCAUGUCCCACUCAUGUUUCCACUCAAGUUAAAGGCCCAGUGUGUGAAAUUUAGGGGGCAUUGUUCUCAUUUGGCAGAAAUUCAAGAUAAAAUAAUAAGAAUCAUGUGAUUCUAUGAAUUGUUUUCAUUGCCCCAGAAUGAGCCUUUUUAUAUUUAUAUCAGGAGUCUUAACUGAAGACUGCAUAGGUUCUCCAACACUUGGAAGGUGAUGUGAGGGACAUCCAGCUGCAACAUGCAACCUCACCAAUAAAUGUUAAAAUUUGAAAUGAUCAGGUUUCAUUCAUUCAACAUGUUGCUCCUGAUCAUUGUCAAAAUCAUAAUCACCAUUUUUUUUCCAUUGAUAAAAGUCGAAUCUUCUCUGGCUGGAGCCAAUCUGUUAAGUUAAGAAAAUGCCUCUAAGCUCCCAUGAUGCUUUUUCAUGCAGAUCCUGCGAGUCGGUCGUCAUCUGAUGUAGUGAGUACAGGUACUUCUCCUUUUGGAUUAUACUUUUGUAAAAAUUGUCUAUAAAUGUUAACCUCAUCUUUGUGUCCACUGAGAAAUUCCCUGUCAGUUCAAGUCUUAAAAGAGUAUGUCUAGUAUGAAAUAUGAAAUAUGAAAUAAAUCCCAGGUUGCACAAAUGUACACUUGUCCUAAUGGGUCUACUAAAAAAAAAUAAUUAAAAAAAAUGAAUCACUUCA